AUGAUUCCCACCGCCAUUACGCACAUGGCGACGCCGCUACUCGAUUCCGUCUCGGCUCUCAAGCCGGAUCCAGAGGUCUCUAUUCCGAUCACUGUUAUUCCGACUCCACCGCCCAUAUCCGCGCCCCAAGAAGAGCCUGUGAUAUUGGUCCCCGCGCACGUCGGCACGGUCGCUAUCGUCCACGGCGAAAACCAGGGUCAUAUCGUACAGCUAGCUGCUGAGGUUCUGGGCAAGCCGUGGACAACGGAGACACGCGCGCGCAAUGCUGUGCUGGGAGUGCUGGCGCGUGACUUGGCGAGCUUGCAGGAUCGAUCUUCUAUAGUCCUGGUCAACACGCACUGCGUUGGAGAUGGGACGGCGCCAGAUGAUGCGCUGACGGAGAGCUGUGACUAUGAGUUUCUAUAUUCGCAGAGUCCGUUCUUGCGCCGGGACCUUUCGCGAUUCUUGUCUUUGGUUCUUGGUCAGACGAGGCCGCAUGAUGAUUUGCGUACGAAAACCAGAACCAAUUUUAUUUCGACUACCUUCCCGGAUGUGCAUGCUGCUUUGCCAAAUUUGGAUAUCUUGUCUGUUGGUUCGGAUGCUGUGGAGAUUCGUGUGGAUUUGCUCGUUGAGCCUGGGGAGGGUGCUCCUCCUGUUCCGAGUUUGAAGUAUGUUGGGCAGCAGUUGAUGCUACUCAGACAACAUACUGAGUUGCCUAUUAUUUUUACUGCAAGGUGUACAAGGGAGAACGGAAAGUUCCCCGUUGAUGACCCCAUGUUAUCUUAUAAGUAUCUCCGGCGAGCGAUUCAGUGGGGAGUGGAGUAUAUUGAUGUUGAAGUAUGGCUACCGGAAGAGAUCAGACGCAGUCUUUUUGAGAAGAAGGGUCACAGCAUGAUCCUCUCUGCGUUCCACGAUUUUUCUGGGAACUGGAAAUGGACAUCCGAAGAAGCCCACCGCAUCUUCACCGAAAGCGCGAAAUAUGCCGACAUCGUCAAAAUGAUCGCCAUGGUUCACACCAUCGAGGAGAACUAUGAGCUAGAAUACUUCCGCUCAACCAUCAAAAGCCGUGGCUCUGGUCCUCUCCUCUCAGCAGUCAACAUGGGCCAAAUGGGUCAGUUAUCCAGAGCUCUGAACACAGUCUUCUCACCAAUAACACACCCCCUCCUGCCAAUGAUCGCUGCGCCAGGCCAGCUCAGCGCAGCUGAGAUCAAUGAAGCCAUGCAUAUAAUGGGUCAGCUACCCAAGCGUGAUAUCUACGCAAUUGGCUCAUUCCGUCCAACACCACACUCAAUGUUCAUGGAAAAAUGUUUUAAUGAGCUCGGCCUCCCGCACAGCCUCACCUCAAUCGACCGAGGCCUCAAAGGCUCCAUGGAAUCCAUCCUCUCUCAUUCGAACUUUGGCGGCGCCUACGUGAAUCCUCCUGUCACGAGCACCACCUCUUAUAUCCCCGCAGUGAGCGAGGCCGCACGCGCCAUCGGCCUCGUAGACACCAUCGCGAUGAUCGGUGACGCCGGAGCCACAUCGCGGUUUAUCGGUGAAAAUGCCGCUUGGAAGGGCAUUCGCGCGACUCUCACGCGCGAAUACGUGCCUUCGGCUUACAGCACCCGUGCAGCAAUCAUUCUCGCUGGCUCCGAGGCGGAUGCCUCGCCCGCUAUCUUUGCGCUGCGCUCCCUGGAUGUUGGCACUAUUUACACAGUCGGCUUCAAAGCGUCUGGACCCUUGUCCGCAGACCUGGAGCCUUUUACAUCUAUCCAAUCCGUCAAGCUGGUGGAACAGCCCUUUGUCAUCGUCUCUGCACUACCACCCGAGAAAUCACUGCUUGUCCAGCCAUUGCUGAGACAUUAUGGCGCGAAUGGUCGGUCAUCGCCAACUUCCCGCGGCAGGGUUUACCUCGAUCUCACCAACGGGCCAAGGAAGGGUGAUCCCCUGGCUGUUGCUAGUGGGGCUGGGUGGACGGCGUAUGGGGCUGAGGACGUUAGCGCCUGGACGACAGUUGAAACGCUGAGACUGCUCGUUGGGCAGAAUGUGCCGUUUGACUUUGUACGUAUGGCGUCUGGGAGACCUCUCUUCUAA